AUGACGGCUCCAGUUCCUGUUCCUUUAGUGAAACUUAACCUCCAUUACUUCCCUGGUUCUAAGAUUCCUGAUUGGCUGAUGCAAUGGGAAUUGAAUAACCUAGGGAAGCUCUAUAUCAGGGUGGAAGCCUCUCGGGAAACAAUGCAAAUGGGUUGUCAAAAUGGUGUGCUUGAAGUUCUUGGAAAAGUUGCAGAUGGAUUGGCGGAAAAAAAUAUCUAA